AUGUAUUUAAGUGAGAAAGAUUUGUGCAUUCCCAGUCCCACUCUCUUGUCCAAUGCCUGCCAUCUGCUUUCUGGUGCAAAGCACAGACAUAAUUUUGUUAUCUCUCGCUUUCUCUCUCUUCUUUAUUCCAUUUAUCAAUAUUUCCCUCUCGUUUUAUCCAUAUUUCUAUUCCCUAUCUUUUUUAUCUUCUUAUCUCUCUUUUUCUUUUUCUCCUUUCUUUCCUUAAUUUCUUCUCUCUUUCCCUUUUAUUUAUUUGUUCUCUUUUUCUCUUGCUAUCUUUUUUUUACAUUUACCCCUUUUUCCCUCUUUUCUUUUCUUUCUUUUAUCUCUCUACUUUCUACUUUAUCUCUCUUUCCUUUCUUUUAUCGCUCUACUUACCUUUUUCUCCUGCUUAGCUUAUCUUUCUUUUCCAUCUAUUUGGUGCUCUUUACUUUAUGUUUCGUUACUUUCCUCCAUUUUCCCCUUUACUUUCUUUUACCUCACUUUUCUUAUGUCUUUUUCUAUAUUUUCCUUUUGCUCUCUCUUAUUUUCCUUUAUCUUUCUUUCUUUUGGCACUCUUAUGUCUUUAUUUAUUCUUCUCUUUAUUUAUUCUUCUCUUUAUCUCUCAAUACUACUAUUUCUCUUUCUAUUUCUUCCCCGACUCCUCUUCUCUCCCUGGUGCACACUCAUUUUCCCGGCAGAUCGAGACGUAGACAGAGUCCAGCAGCGAAUUUAAAACAUUCGCCGGCAAACCUGGAGAUAGAAGAUAAAUCUUUCAGGAAUUUCUUUCUACGACUCGUGACCCAGAACUGA